AUGGCGGCCUUUCACCGCGAAGUGGCGAAGUACUUCGCCAAGUACGCAGCCUCCGCCGCGGGGGCCCCCUGCAGCAGCAGCAGCAGCAGCAGCAGCAGCAUGGCCAGCCUCGUGGCCUUCACUCCUGCUGCACCCCAGCCAUCUGCUGUUCGCUCCUUCCUCAGCGAACUCCUUGCCCCCGUUUGGUUCCGCUUCUUCAGAGGCCCUUUGGACAGGUGGAACCAGGCGGCCAUUGGCAAGUACUUGAGGGAACAAGGAUUGAUGUACGAUGACCUUUAUUCCGACAAAGAGCCGGUCAUUGAGCGCGCGCUGGAGCUUCUGCCCGAAGACUUGGCCACCGCCAGAUACCGCAGGAUCAUGAGAGCCACGCAUUUGAAUCAUGUUCGACUUUAUUUGCCUCCAAAUGAACAAAACUAUGAUCCUUUUAUUCCCUAUUUGGCGCCUUAUGUCGAAGAGGCGAAGUUUCAGCUGCAAGAAGAGGAGGAGCUGCUGGGCUACCACAUGUGGGAGCGCCGGCUGUAUUCAGGCGGCUGCACCGGCCUCGGGGACUUCGAACCUGGAAUGCACUUUUUAGUUUCUUUUCCAAACAUGUAUGGGGGCGGGGGGGGGGCCCACAACAAGGCUCACUUGUCUUCUUUAGUCCCCAGCAAAGCCCCCUUCUGCGGACUUCGCCAAAAACAAUAA